AUGAGCCGUUUACUACUUGGAACUGUUACAAAGCCGCUCCAACAGAUGAGCUGUGCCCCACUGGCAACAGCUGAGGGCCUAGCUCGCCGCCGGCUUCUUGGGUUCCCCACUUUCUUGCUCCUCCCGUCGCAGGACGUUUCCGCCUUCAUCAAUUCCUCGACAGCAACAGGGAGCAGCCCCCAUGCGACCAUUUUCCAGAAACCACCCGGCGGCCAGCUAAUCAAUUAUACUUACCUCGUCUUCACGACGGCGCGAUGGCGCUCAGGCCAGGCACAGAAGGCAGUCUAUUCUUAUGGUUUCGAUCUUCAGGGGCCGUCUGACGGUCGUGCAAGUGACGCACUGGAUUCACUCGGCAAACCGGCGGGUUGUCGAACCGCCCCGACCACUUGGCGCCCAGCACUUGGCAUUCUGCCCAUCGAUCCGGCUCAUUUCUCGCCUGCCUCCCUCCUCUGCUUUGAAGGACUGGAGAAGACUGGAGAAGAUGGAGAAGGCUCCUGCGAGAUCUGGGCCGCUGCAACCGGCACCUUGGCGAGAUCGCGCUCAGCGAAGGGCGGGCAGUACAGGGCAUUGGAUAUGACACAGCCUGAAGCUAAAAGAAAUCAUCCCUUUGACGGCUGGUUGAGCCAAGCUGCUCGGCCAAGACGCGGCCAAGCGGGCCAAGUGCAUAGCACGCUGUCACUGCCACCACUGGGCGCCCGUCCCUCCUUUGUUGUUGGUUGUUCUGGUCCCAUGGGUCGGCACACAAGGCGCCCAACGGCUGCCAAAUACGACUGCCCAGGAACAUGCCCCCUGAUUCUGCGCGGCAACACGGGCUUCAGGCUUGGUUGCCACGGGUUUUGCGUCCAUGUCUUGGGCACUUGGCUGAUGACGGCCAUCUGCCCUUUCACGGGCUCACUGCUGCAAGGCACAGUGCAGGUGCUACUUUCCCCCCCCGUCUGCCGCAUUUUCCCUUUUCUUCCAUAA